AUGUUAGCUGUUCUUCUCAAUUCUUCUACCACAAAUCACCAUCUUACGAAGGAAAAGACCAUAUACUGUGUGCAUAUUUCAGGGUUCACUAAUUCUGGCAAAGGACCUGUGACUCUUUUACAAUCUUUCAACACUCCAAAAUAUGAAAAAGAGUUUGAAGGUUUUGUGACUGGCCUUUGCUUCAGCAUGAUGUUCAUUCUGUUUUUUGCACCCAUCACUUGUUCUCUGGUGCCUAAAAGGUUGAAAAUAUCACACUGGCCAAGUGUACCAAAUCCAAGAAACAGCAGUGCUAUCCAGGAUAUGGCAAGUACUAAAGCCAUUUCAAGAUCACUGCUUCAGGCCCUGCCAGACAAUGAUACCACCAGCCUUUAUGUCAUAGAGCAUGAGUCAAAGGCUCCUUUGAAGCGAGACCUCUUUACAGAUGAUGGAGAAGACAGCAAGUAUGACACUUGUCAGUCAGAAGAACCUAGGAAUAACAUAGACAUAAGCCUAAGGCACAAAGAAAUCCCUGAAAAAGCAGUUACAACCGAAAAGGAGGGAAUCAUUUCCAUUACAGUGCCACUCUUGAAUGACAACACCAACAUGGAGUUCAGCCAGAAAGUCUUUAUGAGUCUGACAGUGACGCUGCCUGCAAGAGCUGCUCAACCUCAUCUGGAAAUGGAACUAAGCAGUAAGCCAGCACAAACUAAGCAUCAGGGAUUUUUUUCUCCCCAAGACUACCUCAAGCAAAGCCAGUUGAUAUUUUUGCCAUCUGGACCAACUUUGAUGGGACAAGUAAAUUUGAACUGAAGCAUC